ACCGCUGAAUUUGACGCCAAGCAACACUGAUGCCAACGCGCAUGGCGGUUGUGCGUGUUGAGCGUUGGAGGUAGCAGUUGCUUCAAUAUCGCGUAUAAUAUAAUUUUUACGCAUUUUAUAACCACCGUUCUUCCCAUUGCCGCGAAUCAGCUAUGGACGAGGAACGGCAAGCUGGGGAUGGCGAGGAGAAUCCCACUGAACCUGUGGCUCGUCCUCAGAAGUGGACGCCCAAUGAAAACUACCUGAAGGUCCUCUUAGGAAUGGGAAUUACUCGAAAUGCAGCUAUCAAGGCCCUGUACUACACGGGCAACCAAGGGCCGGACUUUGCAGCAGCGUGGAUUUUUGAAAACAACGACACAGAUAUUGAUGCACCGUUUGAUCUGGAGGACCUUGACGAGAGUGAUACUGAAGAUGAUGACGCGCCAGAGAUGUACAAGAUGGUCUUUGCGGUGAACACUGCACUUGACAUGGGAACGGGGAAAAUUGCAGCUCAGGUGGCCCACGCAUGUAUAGGAUUGCACAGGUUGCUGCUGCAAGAUGAGAGCAAGUAUGCCAACAUGCUCGUGCUGUGGGAAGAGUUCGGUGAAACUAAAGUAGCAUUAAAGGCAAACUCUGCGGACCACCUUCUGGAGCUGGAACAGAAGGCAAUGUCUCUUGGCCUGCCAACCUACCUUGUUCAAGAUGCCGGGCGAACACAGAUCGCACCGGGCUCUGUGACAGUAUUGGGCAUCAUGGGCCGGAUAGACAUCGUCGAUCAAGUGACCGGUGGCCUGCGCCUGCUUUGAGCUUGACCCCUUUUGUGCAACGUGCUGUGAUAAAACAAUGCUGAGCCAGUUGAGCAAUAUGUGGUCUUUCUGUUGCCACUUAUUUCAUUCCUACUGUUUGCCGAACAUCCUCCCAGUGGCACAUACCCCUUUUAGAGUCGUACUUGUGCUAAGUUACUGCGAAGGUGUGGGGUUUGGUUGUACUGCUACAAGGCUAGAGCAUGCUGUACUCGUUGGCUAUUACAAUGUCUAUCAAUGAACUACCCAUAUUUUUAAACAAGGAUAGUACGUUCUGUUAGGAUGCUUUUGCUCACUCCCAUAUGCUCCGAACAUUUUUUGUUCGCAGUCGCCUACUUGAGUAACAGGGUUUGCCAAAAAAGCAGCAGCGUGACCUUUCCUGCGGUUUCCAGAACAAUCAUUAACAAUAUUGCUUCAGCGUUAGAGGGCAUCUAAGCGCAAAAGCAGCGUUUUAAAGCAUUAAGCUUAUCUUUUAUUGUUUAUGCUUAUAACAUAAGCAAUAGCAAUACGUUGUACUGUUCAGUAGUGAUUAUUUUUUAAGCAGAAAUAAACAACCUGGUACAGUUUAAGUUCCUUAUUCUAGACAUACCUUAUGACAUAGUAAAGUUGCUGGUGCUCUGUUAAGUGUGGUGGUGCUUGAUAAACUGAUCUGAAGCACAGUUCUAGCGUAGAAGCGUGCCAGUGGAAACAUAAUUAUCAUUCCAUGCUAUAUUUGGUCCAUAUCAGCUGCGUGACACUGUACCUGUCUUCAUACAAGUCGGGACAUGUUACAUGUAGCUUGUAAGUGCUUUCAGUGUAGGGUGUGUACUAGUCAAAAAAAAGUAUUCGUUCCAGGCAAAAUACAUAGUUCAGCGAUGAAGCAUUAGAAAACAAAGAGGACUACUCAGCCCGGUAGACUAAUGUCCAAACUGCUCCCCAGAUCUAUGUGCGCAUCAUGUGUGUUAAGAUGUGAAUGUUAAGAUGUUUUCACAUUUCAAAUUGCGCACAAGCCCCAUGGUUUUUGCUGUCAUUAGAUGGUGUGGAAGUUAGUAUAUUCCCAAAAUAAAGUACCACAUUUAUAAUGAAGUGAAUGGCGACGGUGAAGAGCUGAAUGAGUAAAAGAGAUUAAUUAAUUGAUUAAUCACAGAGUUCAAGCAUACAGUAGAAGACAAGUUAGAUCCUUCAAAUUCAUACGAAAAUUACAUCUUUGUUCCAUUUACCUCCGAUAAAUAGUGCACUAACCUCUUAGCAGCUUCAAUGACCUGUAUCCCCUGCAGAGCCUUGUGUGGAUACCAGUUUCGUCAGUUUUGUGGCAUCAUCAACUUUGUCAUAAGUACUAGUUACUUUGAGGCUGUUGCAUAACUUUGAAGCAUGUCACGUACCUCAUUGCAGGAUUUUUUGUAGAGUUAAUUUCAGAGUCUCAGCUCUCCUCUGUCAUCUAAAGAAGAUGGUGGGCUCUUGACACCGUAGAUGAUUGAUUCUUUUAUAAAAACUCUUCCUCGUGUAUAGAAACUAAUCUAGGACCACAAUUAUAUGUUUACACGAUUAUCAAGGAGUUAGUACAUUUCUGACUACCGAAGUUUUGGUGUCUGCCUUGCCACUGGUAACGGUGUCCCAGAAAUGCAGCACGUUGACUUAUGAAAUUUUGUGUUCUUGGGCACGAUAUGUACGGCUAGCAUCAGAGUUAACUUGAACACCAUUCGGGCACGCAGACCCUGGUGGGGCUUAGUAGAAGUAACGGAGGGGGUGUUUUAGUCAUCUGUUUAGGGUGACACUCGUGGUGAAGGCGUUGUUCUCUGCUGGGCACUGCCAGGGUGGCUCUUUUCUCACUUUGCUGCCUGGAGAGGUGUUCAAGUUAACCUUGACACGAGCUGUACAACAUAUUGACGGUAGAAUCGCUGAAACAACCGUGCAUGGCAUCAGUCAUGGGAUCUUGCAUUUGUUCGUGUCUGCUUUUCCUGACUUCAAACAUGCUCUGCAGGGUCAGGUUCAUAGCACAGGAAGGUGUUCUGUUUUUUUUUAUAUUUUUUUUACUAGCUUGCCUUGUAAUAGACUCAAUUUGAGAUAACUGCGGUGCUGCAUUCAAUAGAGCUGUUCUUUUAAUACACUAAGCAUUUUGCAUGAUAUCAGGGAAUGUGUACUUGCGUGCCAUGACUGUGUGUUUCUUAAACCUUCAUACUUUGUCAUUGUAGACCAUUGCAUGUGAGAUUGCGCAUCAGAAAAAUAAGUAUGACACGUUGCUGUUUGCAAUGUCUGAGAACUUUGCUGACGUAUGUCUAACAUUUUUACUCGUUUUCUUUAUUUUUAAAGUGAUGCGGUUUCCGUGUUGCGAAUCACCUAUAUUAGCUAAUAAAAGCAGCACCACCUGCCUGUACCUCUUUGCAGCAUGCUUCUCCAUGCAGCCCUCUGAAAUUGAUAUUCGUCAAGGUUGAGCGAACAAAAAUUUAUCUAAAAUAAGUGGAUUGUUGCUAAAGAACACAAAUGGUUUUAGGAUGCGCAAUGCUAGACGUUCAAAUAAUCUGCAUAAUGCAUUGCUUUGUGUCUGUAGCUAAUUCAGGGACUUGCACUAAAAAGUACACCCCGUAUAAAUACACCCGGUAUGGUUAUGGGCAAAUGAUGUAGCCCUAGAGGGAUGUUGACCAGUUAUUUAUAUCAAUGCCUGCAUUCCAUGUUUUACCACAAAAAUUGGUAACAAUUGCGCACAAAAUUGGAUCUCCACAAAUGUGGAAAGUGAUGCUACACUGACAUCACGCGACAUCACAUGCUUCUGAGAACAAACUGAAAUGGCUGAGGCUCAUGAGGCAUGCACAUCAAUGACCUUGUCAUGUGGAAGAAUAAUUCUUUUUCACACAUUAUGCUGGUAUGCAGCAUAACGAGUACAUGAUGUAAUCAAGCACCAAUCUUGAAGUAUUACAGCCCCUUUAAAGUACAUCAGAGCUAAGGCAUGUAUCAGCUUGUGUGGUUGCUUUGUAUGCAAGAGCUUACUGUAUGCCACUGGGUUAAAAGAAUGCAAGCAUCUGUGCAUUCUACCAGUUUUUGAGAACUAUGUGUGAACUAUUUCUGUGGAUGUAAUAUUUGAAACCUAUUAACCGAGUGAACAACUCAUUGUAUCAGACUGAAAUAAUGUCAGUUUGGACUCAGGUUCAUAUGUAAGCUGUAUCAUUCUAGUACGGCAUAUAAGUCAUUUCAAGCAAGCCAGAGGUAUUACAGUUGUCACAUGUUGAUCAUAAAGACUUAAAAGAUAUGAGUGAAGCAUGUCCUACAUACGGCCAUUGCCAUGUGAUGAGAAAUGUGUCAAGAACACGCGUAAAAAUGAAGUUCUUUACUGAACAUGUAUUAAUUUUUACGUUGCUUAUUUUGUACCCACUGUUUCUGCCAAUGUGAAGCAAAAGUGUUGUUUAUGUACAUUCAGAUUUGAAGGUUUAGUUCAGCACACAUCUGAAUUACGGCUUUGUUUCUGGUUUGGUGAAAUGUGGUUUUUGACCACUUUGUUUUGAUAUUCUUGAAGAAUUGCUUUGUAGUGCUUUGUAUCAUGUAGGCUUCAAAAGGGAAAUGAACGGGAAGCACCUCUGUUUCAGCUUUUAGUGCCUUCUACAAAAACAAAUUUGCAGGACCUGCAGCUGUUAUUACUUGUAAGGUCCGUACACUGUCUUGUGCUGUGGUUCAGAGCAAGUUGCGGACCACUUGGCCCACAAAUGGCUUUGCUUUUCCCGUUUUUGCUAGUGGCAAGCACUGAAUGCUGAGGAUGUGUUGCAGAAUAGUUUGCUAUACAGGAAGAAUUCUGAGUCAUUUUUGAACAAUGUUUUUCUGAGCACGUACUGGUGAAGCAGAACUAUCAAAGUCACACUUUGUGUAUCAAGUAGCUUCAAACUCAGGUAGCACAAAAACGUAGCCUUUUGCUACGAGGUAAGGUGGCUGAAUUGUUUUGAUCAAUAAUAGUGGUGUGUGGCUUGGUAUCAGGAAGCAUACAUUGCUUUUUCUGCCCUGAUUUUCGACACCUUAAGUGUGAAAUAAAUUUAUCUAUCUACAUGCUACUGGUUACAUGACUUGAUGGAACACGCGAGGAAUUAAAUUGAUUGCAUCACAAGUUUUGUGGCCUUUCAAAGAAUAAUUUCACAGCAAAUAAAAACACUGUGUAUAAUUGA